CUUGCAUCGGACGUCUAGGAGUUCAGACGUCUUUAAGAUAAAAACGAUUUUGUGAUUUAAAUAUUAUUGACUAAUUUUUUACGAGUUUAUUUUUAGUGAUAUACUUUUUUAUUACUGAACGGACGCUUAUAAAAGUGUUAUAAUAAUAUUACUUUAUAUUUUAUGAAACUAUUUUGUACUUUUUAUAAAGUGUUUGUGACAGUGCUUACAUGCUGUGGAAUAAUAUGAAACUUUUGAUAUAAAUUAUGUUUGGAAUUUUUAUGGAAGAUAUCCAAAAUGGCAACUAAGUAAGCACAAGUACGAUGGAUAAUCACCCAGUCAUGUAUCUCAUACAAGGCGAGACGAAAUCUCUGCAAAAAGAAAGCGACAUCAGUGAAAGAAUACCAACUAUAGAUGACAUAAAAAAAGAGCCAAUCAUAGACAACAAAAUUAAAAUACCUCCCAUUGAUCUGUCGAAAUUUUUAGCUAUAAAGAAACCUAAUUAUAUUUUAUAUAAUAAUUUUCAAUAUAGAGAAGAAUUAUCAAGAAGAAACAUGAUGAAAAAAGAUUAUAGUUUUUACAAUUAUUGUUUUCUAAGUGUAAUUAUUAGUUUUGUAUUUGGAUUAGUAAUAGGAGUAAUAUUAAUGGGAUCAUCCCAAACGCGAUUCAAUCCAAAUUAUGAUAGAAAAAUAAUGAGAUCAAAUAACACUAGAGAAGUAACUUCAAGAACUCUAAAUAGUUUGAAAUUUGAUGAUAAUUUUUAUAAGACUGAAAAUAAAAUUGAUUUAAAUGAAAAAGUUAAGACAAGAGAUAGUAAAUUUGUUGCUGUAUCAUUUACUGGUGAGAGUCAUAAAUAUAAGAAAGAUAUUUAUCCCAAAGGUUUAACAGAGGAUAUGAAAGAUAUUUUAAAAGAUAACAAAGUAACUAAUCAUAAACAUUCAAUAAAUAAGGUUAUUAAUAAUACAACGAAUUAUGUUCCUAAUGAAUAUACCGUGUUGUAUGACAACGUUUUUUGGGGACCAGAAGUGGAAGACAUGAUGCCUCAAGGUUAUGGCGAAAAUACAGCAGAAAUUUGGGAAAAGUAUGUGGAGCAAAGCGAAGUAAUCAAAUUAGAGCCAGGUUGUGGACGAAUGCAAAAUCGUUUAGUUACAUUUAAAGACGGUAUUCAAGCUUGUGUUCGAUACAGACAGAACACAGAUCAAAUUCAAGGAGAAAUCUUUAGUUUUUACGUAGGAAGAUUAUUAAACUUGACAAAUUUAGCUCCAUCUGUUGUCAAAGUUGUAGAUUUAAAAGAUAAGCUAUGGAGAAAUGUAGCUACCGACAUUGCUUCUGCACAGUGGAAUACUAACAGAGCUGUUGUUUUGACCCAGUAUAUACCGAGCCUAGAACCAGCUAGUAUUCCAGAUAUUUUCAAACCAUCAAACAGACAUUUGAAUAAAAAUGACGUUUUACAGAUGUGUUUGAAAGAAAACAAGACAGUUGAGAUAUCAAAAGAGAUCCUAAUAGAAAAAUUGAAAACAAAAAAUCUUAAAUCAACCAAAAAUACCGCCAAUAACUUUGAGUAUAUUGAUAUGAUAUUGAGUAAAAAAACAAUUGCAUCUUUUGUAGAGCUUGCCCAAUGGUCUGAUCUCAUUAUUUUCGACUAUUUAACAGCGAAUUUAGAUAGAAUUGUUAACAAUUUAUUCAAUUACCAGUGGAAUAUAAACAUUAUGGAUGGGCCAGCACAUAACUUAGCCAGGAAAAUGGAUAGUGGUUUACUCUUAUUUUUAGACAAUGAAUCUGGUUUGUUACAUGGUUAUAGAUUGUUAAAAAAAUAUAAUGUAUACCAUAGUUUAAUGUUAGAUAAUCUAUGUGUAUUUAGAAAAAAGACUGUAGAAGCUUUGAACAAUUUGUAUCAGCAGUCGAUAAAGACAAAAAUUAGUGAUAUGUUUCAUAUGAAAAAUAAUGCUGUAAUAAGAGACAUUCUGCCGCCAUUGCCAGAGAAAAAUGCUAAAAUAUUACACGAGAGGAUUGGCAAGGUUCUAAGUCAAAUUGAGAAAUGUGAGCAAAAGUAUAGAUAGUUAUUUUGUAAUCGCAUCAAAUUUGUACACAAUAAUUUGUGUCGCAUUAUAAAUUCGGGACGGACAUAAAAAUACAAAAGAUUGUGUGCAAAAGACAAAUGAUGCAAAAACGUGAUAUUAUAAGCAUUUUUCGAUACCAAAUAAAUUAAUUUAUUGUAAAAAUAUAAAUAUUGUAUUUGUGCCAGUGUAUAAUUAUAAUAACGUGAUAUUUAAAUUGUUAAGGUUAUUAUCAAUUUUAAAUAUUGAAUGUACAUACGGUUUAGUGCACUAUUAAAAUUCUUGCCGAAUUGUAGCGUAAUUUUACUUCUAGGAGUACAGUUGAUAAGACAUUUACAAUUAAAAUUUAGGAAUUUUUGUUUGGAAAUAUAUAAAUACCUGAUAAAAUUAAAUGAUAAUAAUUAUAUGCAUCAUAACACUUCGUUUCUAUCAAAACACAUUCAGUAAAAUAUAUUGUGUACGCGACUUGUUUGGUAUCAAUACAAGUAUUAGCAAUGUAAUAAAAUAAAAAGCAAAAGGUUUUCCUACGAUACAUAUAAUAUGGUAAUAUGUGUAAACUAUAAACUAUUAUUAAACAGGUAUACAUGUUUUAUGUAUGGUAGAAAUGUUGUUUAAGGUAUUGUUUCUAAUCUUUAUACUGUUUUAAACUUACAUUAUGUUUGUAUAAAACUUUUUACAGUGUAUGAUUAUAUUGCUCUCACUUUUUAGGUAAAAUGUAAAAGGUAAAAUGAUAUAUCUACAUCUCAGUUCUCAUUCAUAAAGACAUUUUUUACUGAUGCUAUAAAACAAACAUUUUCUAACAAAUUGAACAAACAUUUUGUGAUUACAAAUCGAUUUCUAAAAUAAACAACCACGCUACAUUACUCGGCAACCUUUGAAAUAUGUAAAUAAAUGUAAAAAAUAUGUAAUUAUAAUAAAUAAAUGAAUUUUCAAAAGC